AACCUCUGCCCCGCGAGCUCCAGUUUGCCGACUCAGCCUUCUGUCAGUGGCUGGAGAGAAAGCUGCCGAGCGGUCCCCCCAACCCCGACCCUCUGCCUUUCUAGCUCCUGCCGGACUGAUCCCAGAAGAGGAAUUGGACGGAAAAGAAGCGGAGGGAGGCAUGAAUACCGAGUCGAAGCAGCCGAUCUUCCUCCAGGGAGAGGAUUGCAAGCCGGUCUGGAAGGAGGCCCAGGCAGGCUUCGAUUCCAGCAAUUGCCACCUGCAAAUCUUGGGCAAGCCAGUGAUGGAGCGCUGGGAAACACCAUAUAUGCAUUCUCUGGCUGCUGUGGCCUCCUCUAAAGGGGGCCGGGUGCUGGAAGUUGGCUUUGGCCUGGCCAUCGCAGCCACCAAGGUGGAGGAGGCCGAUAUCAAGGAGCACUGGAUCAUUGAGUGCAACGAAGACGUCUUCCAGCGGCUGAAAGCCUGGGCUUCACAGCAGCCCCACAAGGUCGUUCCCUUGAAAGGACUAUGGGAAGAGGUGGUGCCCACGCUGCCUGAUGGACAUUUUGACGGAAUUCUCUAUGACACCUAUCCUCUCUCAGAAGAGACCUGGCAUACUCACCAGUUCAACUUCAUCAAGGAUCAUGCCUUCCGCCUGCUGAAACCCGGUGGGGUUCUCACCUAUUGUAACCUGACAUCCUGGGGGGAGCUGCUCAAAUCUCAGUACAAGGACAUCGAGAAGAUGUUUGAGGACACCCAGAUGGCAGCCCUGGUGGAGGCGGGGUUCAAGAAGGAGAACAUCAGCACAACAGUGAUGGACCUCAUCCCUCCAACUGACUGCCGCUAUUACUCCUUCCCCAAGAUGAUCACCCCCAUUAUCAUCAAACAGUGACGGCCUUCCACCCCUCCCCGCAAACCCCCUAAUCCAAUCCGAGGCCUCAGAAGAAAGGUGGGGAAGGGGAUGAAUUCCCAAUUUAUUUCCAAUCACUACUAACCUCCCCCCUGCCCCCUCCUCUCCCCCCCCCACGCUUCCUCCACCCAUCCAAGCUGAGAGGGGAGAGGUUAUUGAGGCCUGGGGCAGGCCCACUGUUUCUAGUCUGGAUUUUCCCACCCCCACUGGUUUCUAAUCACAUGUGCCUGGGGAAAAGAAGAGGGAGUGGGUUGAGUGCCAGCUCUGCUUGCUUUAAGAUCUCAGGCAAGUCCUCGCACUGUCAUUCUUUGGAAAGAAAGUCAUCUUGCCUGUUUCUCAGAUGUGCAGGAUGUUUAUGCAGGGGGCCCACAGAAGCGGGCAGGCAACGAACACCCCCAAAGCUGGUGGUCUAGCAGCCCGAACCCAGAGGCUCCUAAGUGGAACUUGCUCUGAAGAAAGGAAAAAAGAGGUUGCGCCCUUCACUGCCCCUCCCCCAUAGUUUUAUUUUAAUCUACUGCUCUCUGAGCCAAAUGUUUGUUUGAAAGUCUUAACUUUUAACACAAUUAGAAAAAUAAACCCAGAGACUUUGUUGGGAGGUAUAAAGUCCAGGUGAAUAUCUACUCUAACUCCUCCCUGUCCAUGACCCAGUGAAAUCUGGGAUCCGGACAUGGAGGACUCUGCUCUCUUUCCCGGCUGUGUAUAAGUUUAAAGGGGCCUUUCCAAGCCCCUCUUGGAAGUUGUGGAUUUCCUCCUUCUGGGGUGGCUAAGCCUGGGGAAGAAGUUUGGGAAGAGUGGGAAGCAGGAGAACAUUUUAAGGAAUGUUCAUGGAUGUUUUCUAGCCUCUUGAUUUUCUGGUUCCUGAAAUCAUGGAGAGCCACAGCUUUGAUAUUCUUUCAGGAAUGGCCCAUAUCUACAUUUUAUUGGCCUCCUUCCCUCCACUGCUGGUUACCUAGUUCAUGUCUUGACAUGGCAGCAGGGGGCAUGAAAGAAUUGGGCAGAGGCCAGUGACACUGGGGUUUGUAUCAUCACCCUCCCACUCCCUGCCAGAAGAGGAAAAAAAGCCCUUGGCUAGAUUUCCUCCAGGGGCAUUUUCUUUUCCUCAGCCCUUGAACCAUGCCAUUCCUCGGUCAGUCUAGUGGUCAAUCCAGUCCAGGACUCUGCCCCUGACCACGUGGAGGAACCAGGUUAGAAGUAGAGGGACAUUCCUAUUAACCAUCCCGAACUUUCCCCUCUCCAUCCCUCUAGUGUACCAGCUUGCUCCAUAAGGAUCUAUCCAAACCCCUCUUACACCUGCAGGUAUUUUUUGUUGGGGGGCACUCCGUCCUGCAGGAAUUAAUUCCACACACUUACCACCUGUUGGGGUGAAGAAGCAGUUGCUUUUGUUGCUUCAAAAAGUAUCAACAGCCUAUUCUGAGCACCUACUGUGUUAGGUGGCCCUCUACAGACACUAGGAAAAAAGAAGAGGUGCUUUCACUUCCUUUCUGCCUUUUGCUUCAGAGUGUCCCCUUUCCUGGAUACUCUUCUGAGCCCUUGAAACUCCAGCUGAAAAUGCCUUUCACCUCCAACUCUCAUGGAUCUGGCUGGAGCAGGGAGGGGUCCCCUUGUUCGCUGUCUGCCAGGGCAGCCGGCCCUCAUUUUUUUUAGGGUAAAGGCAAUCAAAAUGCCAGGAAAGAAGAGGAGCGUCUCCAAAUCAGCUCCAAAUCAGACAGAUGCUGGGGGAAAGCUGGAAACCCUCCUUCGCUGCUGUCCCCUAUUUGAAUGAAGACAGCCCCCCAAAGCGUG